AUGCGUUUGACAAGUAGAGGGAGUCACAAUUCUUCACAAGUGGUGUAUCUUCUCGACACCAGGGAAUUUAUCACAGACUGUUCCACUGUUCGGCAGGUAACCCAUUUCGCGCAUGUGCACCGUCUCGGAAGUCCUCUUUGGCUUAGCUGUGAACUUGCGUCUGCUCUCGGUCUGACGCUGCGUUACAUGUGCAGCCCUCUAAACAUUUGGUCCCCUCUAACCGGGGAGAGUUUUGUCCAACUUGCAUCAUCACCCGCGCUAGCACGCGAUACAUUGUAUAAGUUCCCAAUAAACAAGGAGUUCCUUGCGCCUGGGGGCGUUUUGCCACACAAUUCAGGUGAAGGCAGCUUGAUGGCGUUGUCGGCUGCGGCAUCUUCCGAUGGUAAACCGCGUUGGUACAACAUACCCAAAGAUGUAAGUCAUCUAUUCGUCCUGCCCAAGAACUUGUGCCAACUAAGUGUCCCCGUGCAUCGUGGAGGCUUUCGCCCACGGCCAUUUAAUCUAUGGGUUUCCACUGUAAUUGCGGUUCGUAUGGGCGGCUUGGCUGAAGCAGUAAAGACGGUUCGUACACCGAGUUCUUUUAUGACUUUGGUUAAUGCUGACCAAAUGUACCCAAGCGCACUACUAGCGGAGAAGGAACUCGAAUGCGUACUUCUCAUGCGUAAAGAAGGGAGGUUAGGUGAAAUGUGA